AUGAUGCAGUGGUCAACUGCAUAUGGAAUUCCAGCCGCCAUCGCAAUCUCCGGAGGAUGGUCCAUGUUUGUGAAACACGUUCAAAGUCAUCGGGCUCUCCAUUAUUGGUGGGUUCCAGAUGCGACCUUCAUCGACAUGUUGCCCGAGCAGCUGCAGUUUGCUCGUCACAGUGCCAAUGAGUGGCUCGCGGGAGACAAGAAAACGGGAGGCCAAGGAAGCUACGUGUCUAAGAUGGUUAGCAACAACUUGCAAUCGAAGGCUGGCCGUGUCCGCGAGUUCGUGUCCAACAUCAAUUUCGAGCUACCGGAAGUGCAAAGCCUUCUCUUGGAUGUUCAGCGGUCAGGUUCAAGCUACAAUGUUUCCUGCAAGUGGAUGCGCGACAAUCGAGCCAGGUGGUCAGCAUGGAAACCAGUGGAGACCAGCUGCUACGAAGGCUUUGGGUUGGUUGAUGCUUCCGGGAGCUUUGUCUCCAACAGGACAACCGCAGUUGGAUGUGGACUUUGUCAGGCUGGAACCGCAUCGGAGGAGCUCAUUGAUGAUGUGGGAAGGACCUUUCAAUGCAAGCCUUGCCCUCCUGGCUACAGCCAACCAAAUACUUACUCCACCCAAUGUGAGCCAUGUCCCAAGGGCACCUCAGCCAGCAUGUAUGGAAGCACAAGAUGCACUCCGUGCAACGAGGGAGACUAUCAACCAGAUGCGGCUCAGACCUCUUGCAUCCCGUGCGGUGCUUCCCGAACAACACUCUUGUUGGGUGCAUCAUCUCUGGCAGAUUGCGUUUGCCAAGAAGGGAAAAUCGAGAAACUUUCCACAUGCAUGGAGUGUGAUGAGCAAAGCAUGCAUUGCCCGAGAGGUAGCACUAUUGAGAAGCUUGAGGCAGCAGACGGAACUACAGACUUGAAGAUUCCUUUUGUGAAGAAAGGUUUCUUCAGCAAUCCAGAAGAGCCUCUUGACACCUACAGAUGCACUGCGGAGCUCUUUUGCCCCGGUGGCUCCCCAGGUGUUUGCUUUGGAGACCGCAAAGGCUUGACUUGUGGCGACUGCGCUGAUGGAUAUUAUUGGGCUUCCAACCAAUGCGAACCUUGUGGAGCGGUGUCAACAGCAUGGGCCUUGUCAGUGACUUUGGCACUUGUUUGCAUUUUUUGGCUCCUACUAUAUGCUAACCUCGAGCUAUACGGCAAAAGCCAGUGUGAUGAUGUCCACCACUGCAGCCUUGGGAAUGCUAGUGGCCCUGUUCCAAAAUCUCGGCGUUUUGAACACCGUUGCUGUGCAGUGGCCAGAUGGCUUGGAAGCGAUCCUGAAUUUUGCCUCACUCUUUACCUUCAACCUUGA